AUGGAAAUAUUAGGUAGUACCUUCGAUGACUCGGUGUUUGAAGAAUCAAGAAAUAGGGUUGCAACAGUUCUCCCAACGUACAACGCUAAAGUCUGCGAACCACAGUGGUUUUGCGAAGAAACAAAAUCAGAGGAUGUUUUGGAGAAGCAGAAGACCUUUAAGUUUCGAGCAGAUCUAGCAUACAGGAGAAAGCAGUUUCAGACAGCUUUAGAUGACUACACAGCGUGUCUAUCACUGAUACCUGAUAAUAAUCUGUCCAUCAAACGGGAUGUCCUGGAAGGUAUUGCACGAUGCUUCUGUUACCUUGGCAAACGAGACGAGGCAUUAACGACCAUUGAAAAUCUGAGGAAAGAGGCAUCCAAUACCUGUCACCUCACCUGUGUCUUACAACUGGAGCUCAAUGUUCACGAGCGCUUUGGGGAUAUGAGAGGCAGAAUCUCUGCCUUACAGCAGCUGUGCUCCAUCCACCCAUUCAACCCAUGGCACUGGCUGAAGCUAGCGUCAAGUUACCAGAUGUUUUGCCAGCAUUUUCCCUUUCCCUCUUCAAUGGGUACUGCUCCUCCUUACCUUAAUGGUACCGUGGACCAACAGGUCGACCCUGGAGGCAAACAGCAGGCAGGAGAGGACAGAGACAUUCGAUUUAAGGCCUGCAUGUGCUACAUCAGAGCAAAGCUCCUGAUUGGACUACUGAGGAUCCAACAGUCUUCUUUUGUGCUUGAGAGCAGUGAGAGAGCCCUACAGGAAAUAGACGAAGCGCUGCAGAGACUACAACCCUCAGAGACAACAGUUCGCAUCAUAUCCGAGGUGAUAGCAGAAGAUCUUAAUCCUGAGACGAUGAGAGAGGAAAACCAAGACGGAGAGAGCCUGACAGGUCUCUGCAUCAGAGACUUUAACGAGAGAUGGUGGGACAAACUGAAUGCAGCCUUGCUGAAGGAGGAGGGAACAGACUUAACUAAAGAACAAACAGCAGAGGGAAGGUGA